AUGCUUUCAGCAAGCAGACCGGUGGUUGUCAUCGUCCCAGGCGCCUUCGGCACACCAGACGGGUUUGCAACAUUGGCAACGCACCUGAGAGACGCCGGUUACGCGACACAUCCGGGACCAUACCCAAGCUGCGACCCUCUGGACCCUGUCACUGCGGCUUCUUCUCUUGAUGCUGCCUCAUUGCGUGACAAUGUGCUACUUCCACUUUUGAACGAAAAACACGAAGACGUUGUCAUCAUUGCGCACUCUUACGGAGGUGUUGUUGCUGGCGGUGCAGCAAAGGGUCUUGACAAGCAGAUGAGAAUGGCCCAAGGCCAGACUACAAGUGUCAUUGGGCUUAUAUAUAUAGCAGGCAACAUCACACUGGAUGGUGAAUCACUCCUCAAGGCUCCAUCUAAGGGGCUUGCUGUCAUCGAGCCAGCAUUGGACAUUCUGUACAACGACUGCAAUCGCGCGCUUGCACCUGAACUAGACCAGUACAUGAGACCCCACGCCUUGAAAGCUUUUGAGACGAAUGCUACAGCCCCUGCCUGGGCAGAUCGUGGGUUUGAUGGGAGGAGAGCAUAUGUACGUACGCUGGACGAUUGCUGCAACCCCGCGUCACUACAGGAUAUAUGGCUAGCCAAGUCCAAGGUCGAGUGGGACGUUGUGAACUUCAAGACUGGACACAUGCCUUUUGUGAGCCAACCUGAGGCCUUGGCAGCACAGAUUGUCAAGUUCGUGGAUGGAUUUAUGGCGCAAUAA